AACAUCAGUCAGUACUUUCAACAUUGCUGACCAGCACUGGCGCCGCACACGGCCGGGGAAGAGCAUGUAGUUUCCAAAUGCCAAGUAUCUACAGUGACACCGAGGAGGGGAGGGGGAGGACGAGAGCUGAGCAGUGAGCAAUAGUUCACUGGAUGUGGGAUACCGAGUGGGAUCUGCAUCAGAACGAGAUCACACAGCAAGACAUACCAAGCGAGUGUGAGACUGACGACUGUCCAUCACUCUGAAAUAAGACAUGAAGGAUUGAUUUUUGAUUGGACGGGACCGUCAGUACAGGUUUAACGUGAGCCCUUUCAAUUUCUCAACUCAAUUUGGGUUAGCUGGGAUCAAGUCGUUGUGCCAUUUUGAAGGUCAGAGUUAUGACUUCGGUGCUUCGGCUGUGUGAUUGGGUCAUUUCUUGGAUAUCAACUGAGCUGUAACUUUGGUGGACUCGACUAUCGGAGUGACUGUAAUGCUCUGGUUCUUGAGUGGAGAAAGAGACGCGUUGAGAUCAGGAGGCACAGACAUGAUGGUACUUCUGGGCUAUUUACUUUUCUGCCUCAAGAGGAUAGAGUGGUUCUACCCGUGACAAACAAGGAGAGUGGGAAAAAAAGGAAGAAACGUGCAGCAGUUUGGCUGAAACACUGGAUUAUCUAGAAGAAAAGGACAAGUCGGAAAUCAACAAUUAUUCAAACACCUCGCACACACGGGAACUACUUGUCCGUGUCUCACGUCUCAUUUCCAGUUGGCACCGACCAUCGUUUUGGCCGGGAAUUGUCCCCUUCCUCCCGGUGCGCCUGUGUCCGAGCCGCGCUGACAGUGUGAAGCCCCUCUGGCCGUGCCCCACUGAGGCAUGAGUGUGGGAAGGGCCCACCACAAAAGCUUUGUGUCCUGUGAAGAAGAAGGCCUAAGGCCGAGUACAAUGCCUGCCGUGGGCAGCUUUGGCAAUGGAAAGAUUAACACCAGACGCAAGUACCACAGCCGGUUCGUCAGCAAGGGCGGCCAAUGCAACAUCCACUUCUCAAACAUGGAUGAGAAGUCACAGCGGUACAUAUCGGACAUUUUCACAACGUGCGUGGACGUCCGCUGGCGGUACAUGUUCCUGCUGUUUAGCCUGGUGUUUGUGGUCUCCUGGCUGACGUUCGGCCUGGCGUUCUGGGUCAUCGGCCUCCUGCACGGCGACAUGGAAAAACGCGAAGAGGGGGACAGUUUCGUUCCUUGCGUCACGCAGGUAAACACCUUCGUGGCAGCGUUCCUGUUCUCCGUUGAGACCCAGACCACCAUCGGGUACGGGGCCCGUUGCGUGACAGAGGAAUGCCCGUCCGCCGUCUUCAUGGUCGUCUUCCAGUCCAUCAUGGGCUGCAUCAUUGACGCCUUCAUGAUUGGUGCCAUCAUGGCCAAGAUGGCCAGGCCCAAAAAGCGCGCAGAGACUCUCCUGUUCAGCCACAACGCGGUCAUCGCCCUGCGUGAUGGGAAGCUGUGCCUCAUGUUCAGGGUUGCUAACCUGAGGAAGAGCCACAUCGUGGAAGCUCACGUGCGAGCCCAGCUGGUCAAGCCCCGAUACACGGAGGAGGGCGAAUACAUCCCCUUGGAUCAGCUCGACAUGAACGUAGGUUAUGACAAAGGCACGGAUCGCCUGUUUCUGGUGGCGCCCCUCACUGUCAUACACGAGAUUGAUGAAGAAAGCCCGCUGUUUGGCAUCAGUAAACAGGAUCUGACGACAUCGGACUUCGAGAUAGUCAUCAUACUCGAAGGUUUGGUGGAGGCCACGGCCAUGACCACGCAGGCGCGCAGCUCUUACCUGCCCUCAGAGAUCCUUUGGGGUCACCGCUUUGAGCCCGUCAUCUUUGAGGAGAAGAGCCAGUACCGGAUAGACUACGCCUACUUUCACAAAACAUUUGAAGUGCCGUCCACCCCCAGAUGUAGUGCCAAAGACAUGGAGGAGAGAAAAUUCCCGACACCUAGCGCCAACUCUUUCUGCUACGAGAACGAGCUGGCCUUCACCAGCAGGGAUGAGGAGGAGGAGGGAGUCGUGCCGAAGGAGGAGAACAGGAAGUACUCAUCAGAGCUAGUGAAUGAACUGAAGUCCUCUCGUAGAGAAUCAAAGAUUUGACUCGCUGGUUUUUGUUCGCUUUUAGAUGAAAAGCAAUGGAGGCGGGUAAAAAGAGCCCUAUGACGGUCACGCUGCUGACAUGAGGAUACCCGUGAAGGUGGAGACACAGUAGUACUGAUCUCCAACAGGCAAUCAGGGAGGGAACUCAUAACAUUUCCCAUUGGAUUACCACUUGCUUCCCUGGGAUGAUUAUUGACGGUUGUCAGAUGCAAAACUGUUUCAAGGUGCAGACGAUCCUGGUCGUAAAGGGCAUGAUAAUAGCAUAGUUCUGUAAGGACAUGUUGGGAAAUCUUCCGGUGAGACUAUCUGCAGGUGCGGUUCGAGGUCCUUAAAUGUACCAUUUCCAACUAAGUGUAGGCUGACAUUGACACUAUGCAGAUUUGGCUUUUUAGGGUUUUCCUCUUAAUGAUGUAACUUAUAUGAACAGUAACAACCUUCCACCUACAGCCUAUUGCCUAUGUGAUAUACUCUGUAAAAACGUACAACGUCCAGUUGUGCUCUUUCCGCCAGAAGUAAGUAAGUAAGUCUCUUUCGUUCCUGACUUGUCCUGAAUAAGCUUGUUCCAGAAAACAGAUUUGACUUCUACUGCCACUUUAACCAGGGGACAGUUUAGUCAGACAGAAUAACAUUUGUGAGUGCUACUGUUAAUAAAUUAUGAUUAUUUUAGGUUUUAUAAUGCUUGUGCCUGUACAGACAAUUGGUAAUGAUAGAUACAUUUUUUAAACAGUGUUAAUCAUACAUUUUUUGAUCAAAGCAAGAAACUGGAACUAUUCUCUUUGCUUGAUGGACUGAAAAUUAAACUACUGAAUCAAACCUC